AUGACUUUGCGAGAUCCGAUAGAUCACACGGAGGCGUUGCCAGACGACACGCUCGCGGCGAUCCUCGGCCGCCUCCAGCCGCAUGAUCUCGCCGCGUCCCGGUGCGUGCGCAGGGCGUGGCGCGCCGUCGUGGACGCCCGGGGGCUGCUGCUCCCGCACCUCCUCCCGCACUCCGUGGAGGGCAUCUUCGCCAACUACACCGACCACCACCGCCCACAAUUCCUUGCCCGCCCCUCCACGCAGCACCCCCGUGUCGACUACGGCAACUUCCACUUCCUGCCCGACUACACAGAAGGCCAUAGAAAGAUCGUGGACCACUGCAAUGGUCUCCUGCUCUACGGCGACACGUCGGAGUUUUUUGUGGCCAACCCCGCCACGCGGCGGUGGCAGCGCCUGCCUGGAGCGCACGAUGAUGGGGAAUGCCGUGAAGCAUAUCUCGCGUUUGACCCGGCCGCGUCGCCGCACUACGAGGUGUUCUUGAUCCCUCCUAAGGAUCUAGGGCUGUUCGAUGUGUCGGACUGCAAGUUGGCAGAGGUUCAGCCAGAACAGCUCGCCGAAGAAAACUUCACGAUAAGUUCAGGCUACACGUCGGAACUUCACGAUAAGUGGAGCACCGAGGUUUCGCAACACUCGGAAUGGCCACCGGCCGUGUUAACGCUGGACGUUUUCUCAUCAAGGGCAGGAGAAUGGCAGGAGAGGUCGUUUGUCAGGGAAGGCAGUGCUACGAGGAGAGUCGUCAACGUGCGGGGUUCACUGCCGUUCACGAGCAUUGGGGUGACAAGAUGGCGCUACGGCGCCUACUGGCGAGGAGCAUUACAUGUGCUGCUUUAUCGCGGUGCAUUUGUCACAAGGUUAUCAUCAUCUACUGGCAAAUAUCAAGUAAUAGAAACACCAAUAGAUGCUAACGAACGCAAAGUUGGACAGCACUAUCUUGGGAGCUCCAUGGAGGCUGUCUACUUCGCCAAUCUUUGCGAUCAAAUUCGGAUUUGGCACCUGAGUGAAACAAAUGGUGAGGUAGAAUGGGUGUUGAAGAAUAGCAUUGGCCUUGUUGAACCAUCGGCAAAUAUAUAUUCACUCAACCCUUAUCAAAUCUGCGGACCUUGGAUAUUUGAUGACGAUCAUGUUCUCGACAAAUAUGGCAUUAACAAAAGGCUGGAGAAUGUGGUUUCUGAUUGGGACUGGGAUGAUGAUAAUAUUCUCGAUGAGUGUGGAUGUCAUCCUGGAUACUGUCCUUUACUUGGAUAUCCAUUACUUGGGUUUCACCCCUACAAAGAUAUUGCCUUCUUCCAUGUGGGGUUAAAAGCAUUGGCUUAUCAUUUUGAUAGCUCAAAAGUUCAGUACAUUGGCUAUAUGCGUCCAAGAAUUGAUAUCUCAUGGUCGGUUGAUGAGGCCUUUAUAUACACCCCUUGUAUGAUCGGAGAUCUUCCAGAGAAGACUAAAAGUUAGAUGCCGACGCAGCUGAAGAUUGUAAACUUAUUUUAUGACUCGCAUAAAAAACUUGUUUUAAGACUACUGUAUGUUUGUUCUAAGUUUUUACGUCCGAUAGUUUGUGUUCUGCAUCCUUGUUUUUCCUUUUCUUUUUUGCUUGGCCCCAUGGCUCACCCUAAUGCAGGCCCUUCGUAUCUUCUUUUCUUUUUGCAAAUAUACGAAGGUGGAGCAUACAGGUAAACACACCACGACACGCGUGAGGCAUGCUAAGAUUGAACCACUUCGUGCGACUAAAAGUGAGUACAAUGAUUUGAACUAUGGUGGGCGGAGUCAGUACCACGGUAUCCAUUAGAUUUAUUUGUCUCUGAUGUCAUCAAGUUACACAUUUUGCUUUUUUUGAGAUAAUAAUGUGACUA